GCAGAACAUCUGGAUUUGCUUUCAGUGAAAGAGCGGAAACAUGCAGCGAAACCUUCAAGAGACGACACCGUCCGUCCUCACUCCUCUUUCUCCGAGCGUCUCCGGCAAUCUGACCAAUGAGACCCAGUGUCCAAACUUGGAGAUCUGGAACUGGUUGUACGUCAUGCAGCCUGCGUACAUGUUCAUCAUCUGCAUUCUGGGAAUCCUCGGUAACGUCUUCGUCCUGCUGGUCUUCUGUCUCCAUAAGAAAGCGUGCACGGUGGCGGAGGUGUAUUUGGGAAAUCUGGCCGCAGCGGAUCUCCUGUUGGUCUUGUGUCUGCCCUUCUGGGCCGUAAACAUAGCCAACGGUUUCGCCUGGCCGUUCGGCUCGCUGAUGUGCCGUCUGGUCAACACGGGCAUCAGAAUGAACAUGUUCUGCAGUAUUUAUUUACUGGUGCUGGUGAGCGGUGAUCGCUACGUGGCGCUGGUCCACGCCAUGUCCCGCGGGAGAAUGCGAAGGCCCCGGUACGCCAAACUCAGCUGCGUGGCCAUCUGGUGUCUGGGGCUGGUUCUAAACAUCCCCACCCUUCAUUUCAGAGACACCCAACACAUUCCCGAUCUCAACGUCACGGCUUGUAUCCUGACAUACCCGAGACCAGAGGUGGGCCUCGCGUGUGACAUCUUACUCAUCUUGCUGAGUUUCGUCGUGCCGCUGUUGGUGAUUUCAUACUGCACGUGGAAGAUCGUCCGAGCUCUCCACGCGCAGGUUAUGGAGCGCUUUAAUGCCGAGAACACCGAGCGCAAGGCCACGUUCCUGGUGCUGGUGGUGUUGACGGCGUUUCUGCUGUGUUGGGUGCCCUUUCAUCUGGUAACCGUGCUGGAUAUUCUGCUGAGGCUGGGAGCUCUCGACGGAUGCAGCGUUGAAGCGGGUGUGGACAUCUCCAAUCAAAUAUCCACGUAUCUGGCUUUAAGCAACAGCGUGCUGAACCCCGUACUGUAUGUGAUCGUGGGCAAGAACUUUAGGAAGAAGGUGAAAGAGGUAACAAAACAACUCACUGAAAGAAAAAAAGACACAAGUGGAUCGAUGACAUCACAAACCACAUUCACCAUGAAGACGCUCACAACAUUUUAGAUAUAAUCUGAUGAGAUGGAGGAAGAGGCACAUAAGGAUCUUAGUUGACAUACAUGUGUGUUGUGUUUAUGUGUUUUGUGUCAUGUAUGUUGAUGAUGGAGGAUUUUUAAUGAAUGUUGAAUUUUACAGUAGCGCAGAAAACAAGAUUCUGAAGGUUAAUGCUGCUGUUCAGUGGCUGUUUCCUCUAUUCUAAUUCAUCUCAUUUCAUCUGUUCAUUCUGUUUUACAUUGAUUUUGAUGGGAUGGACAAAAGAAAACUGUUUGACCACAGCAAUUGGACAUUCUAAGCACAUUUCCCAUGAUAUAACAUCCGUACAGAAAAUUCAAUUACAGACUUGUUAAUUUAUUCAUAUUAUUCUGUCUUAGAGUUUUUUUAAACUGGGCUGGUCCCUUCAAGACCCUCACUGGUUCUGAGUUUGUUAUUCUUUUCUUUUUCCAAAAUCCUGUUCUUCCUUUUUUUAUACAAAUGAAUAACAACAAAUUUAUGUUUAUGUUAACAACAAGUUAAAAAACGUCUGUUGUUUUAUUCUUUAUUUAAUUACACAAUUUUGUAGAAAAUGUCUGUUUAAUGAACCACAUUACUGGAAUGCUUCCCGUACACAAAUAACAACAUAUCGCUGCUUUAAAAAAGUCAACUUUCAAGUCAAGUCAACUUUAUCUGUACAGAGCUUUAUAAAGCACCUGUAUAUAAAACAUAUCGACUUUAAAAGCAAAAUAUUUUAAGCACACAUUUAAGAUAAGGGAGAGAUAAAUACAUGAAAUAAAGAAAGCAGCCCCCCCGGCCAGUGGAAA